GCAAUAUACUGCUUAAGAUGAGAUCUACUAUUCUUAAUACCUAUCCUGUAGAAAUUAGUUCUUACUACACACUGUCCGAAUGAAGGCUAAGGAUAACAAGGAUAUAGAUUUCGUACAAAAUCGAUUCUCCGAUACAUCAACACUGUUGAUUGGAGAAAGGGCCCUUCUAAAUGGUAUCAGAAUCGAUGGAAGGCAACUGGAUAGCUAUAGAAAUAUAAAUAUCGAGUUUAUAGGUCCACCUGGCAGUGUCAUUAUAUCCUUUGGAAAUACCACUGUAUUUUCUUCUGUAUGUGCUGAAGUUGUAGAACCUAACAGCGAAAGACCAAAUGAAGGAUUUCUCUUCUUCAAUGCAGAGCUCAUGCCACUUACAUCAGGACUCUACGAACCUGGCAAAGCUAGUGAACUCGAACAGAACAUUUCUUGCUUUAUUGAGAGCGUAUUUAAGGAAUCAGGGUCUCUGAACUUGGAAUCUCUCUGCAUAACAAGCGGGAAACAUGUAUGGGCCAUAAGGGUAUACAUUCAUGUUCUUCAAGACGAUGGUAAUCUUUUUGAUGUCUGUUCAUUUUCUGCACUGGCCUCCCUACUACACUAUCGCAUCCAGGAAGUUAAAGUUGUUGAUGAUACUGUAAAAAUUUCAGAAAUAAACUGGCAUAAAGGCACUCCUCUAAACAUUUAUAAUAUUCCUAUUCCGAUUAAUAUCUUGAUACUAACUGAGGAACGAUUUUUGGUAGACCCUACCAUUUUUGAAGAACAAAUAAACUCGACACAGAUAUUUCUAGUAUUUAAUCAAUUCGGAGAAGUGAUAUGGGUACAAAAACCCGGCGGAAUACCUGUAAUGCUAGAUAUAAUUAAAACGGCUAUUGAGAUUGGAGAAAGGAAAACAAAGCAACUUUAUUCCCUAUUGAGGAAAGAAUUGGCAUCUAAUGAGGAAAUGAAUAAAAAUGUGUUAAAAUAUGUGAACAAACAUUACUCAACUCCAGUAAUCGACCUGGAAUAA